AUCAUCAGUGAUGAGUAACUAACUGACGAUAUUUAUUAAAUUAAAUUAUCCUCCUGUCUUUAAUUCAAUUAAAACAACUGUGAUAAACAGUUGACACUAUUUAGAAUCCUCUUGAGUACAUUUCCAACUUUUAAUUAGAACUGUUGAUAUCUACUGACCAUAUUUUCUUAAUUGUGAUAAUUAACUCAAUAUUAAUUGUACUUUUUUAUUUGUUUUCUUUUGUCAUGAUCACCGAUAGGAAGAAGGACUCGUCUAAAUGGAGGAUCCAUUUUCUCCUGAAAGUUUUCCAAGUUGACCAUUCAAAUAAAGAUAAUCUCUCCAUCGCUUUGGAUCAUUUGUCCAGCCUGUUCAACGAAAUUGGUGCUUACGUUGAAUUAAAUUCUGUGCUUAGGAACAAACAUGGAUAUUGGUUGGAAAAAAAUAGACUCAAGUCAAAGGAUUUUUUCUCCUGUAGUGACAAACUAAUUCAUGAUGAUGAGCCAUGUCUCGAUCUUUUCGAAGGCUUUAUUGACAUUGAAGAAUCAACUCAAAGUUUUGCUGAAAUCAUCAAUCACUUAACUGGUCCAUUGGAAUCAGUUUCUCAGUUUAUACCAAACAAUGGAGAGAAGGUAACUGUCAAUCUUGUUGCCCAUAAGAUUGGAUUUAUUUGGAAAUUUGUUGAAGAAAAUGAUCACCGUUUCGAGGAUUUAUCAGAUUUUGGUUCGGUUAGCUACAUGCCUUCGCAGUUUUUAAAGUUUAAAGGAUUCAGUUUGGGUAAUUUCAUCAACGGAACUAUAUUUGUUCAACAAUUCAACAGUGUUGAUCAGCCAAUCAAUUCACCAGAAUUUAAUCUACGCCACACCGACGAGCUUAUGGAACUAAUUUUCGAAGUAAAAAGCCAAAAAUUUGACCAAAGGUUCAAACUCGUUUUUGAAUAUAAAACAGUUAGAGCAGUUACAAUAUCGCGAUCAGAAUCUGGUUACAAUGUGUUUUUCCACAUUUCCAAUCCACCAAAAAUUUACAUCGAAACUCAUGAUAUGGAUCCAGACAUUAUUGAUAUGAAGAAGAGUAAAUUUCAUGUUUUCGAUUAUCAAAAACACCGUUUCAAUCCUUUCCCCAGGCAAAGAUUCUUCGGUGAAUCCUGGACUCGGUGGCAUGACUGUGGGUGUAUCUCACCCGAAUGCAUCGGAAGAUCUUCUGUCUUUUCCCUGAACCUUCCGCACGACUCUUCUCAAGAUCUCCUGGCAAUCGUCAGAUGUUUCUAUGUGUGGCGUCGCUACUCACGAUUGAGUAUUUUCUUUGGGUCCAUUGAAAUAAUCAAAGGGAGUCAUCGUCCUAUUGAUCUGAUCUCCGAUAUUCCAUUUGACGUUAAUUAUGCUCUUCAAUGUAUUCAGUCCGUGUCUUAUGCCUUUCAAGACGAUUUGAUAAUCAACGAUCAGUUUCAUGUGCUGCUAAAUUUCAUCAAAUUACAAAUUACUGAAAAUAACACUGGCUGGUUAAUCACUGCAAUGUACAAAUUGUGUGAUGAUUACCUUUAUCGUAAAGUUUACCAUGGUCUUUCGAGAUUGCUAACAAUUUUCAAAAGAGUCGAAAAAGAUUGGCCUUCGAUUGACAAAAUGAGAUGUUCUUCCAAUCCUUACAUCAAACAUUUACGUCGAGUUUUAUUAACACCAACAAGGAUUCUCAUCUUACCUGAAUAUACUUUUCAAUCUUGCCAAUUUCUUGAAAUUGCUCAGCCUGAAUGUGUCUUAAGGUUGACCAUCCGUGAUGAAGAUAUGGGUAACUUGGGAUUUGCAGUCACUCGAAAUGAGGAGGAUUGUGCUAAGCACGAUGAAAGAGCAGAGUCACCGGACAUUGAAGCUAAACUUCCAUCACCUUAUGAGUAUUUUCUCAAAAAAUGCUUUGCUGAGCGACUUUUACCAAGUUUUAAUAUUUCUGGUAAAAGUUAUCAUAUUUACGGUGCUUCUACAUCUCAACUUCGUGAUCAUGGAAUGGUACUUUAUGCCCCAGAUGCUAAUGAUCUUGAUGCUGAAUCAAUGAGAGAUACUAUUGGUAGGAUUGAGGUAACCGAAAUAUCCAAAUACAUUGCUAGAAUAGGUCUAAGUUUGAGUCAAGUUUUGGCAUUUGUUGAUCUACCCGCUGACAUUGAAGUUCGAUACACAAAGGAUGUUACUGGUGGUUUACAUCCUGACUCAAAAAAACCUUAUAAUUUUACCGAUGGCUGUGGCCUUAUGUCUACUCAACUUGCUGAGUAUAUUUGGAAAGAUUUAAAACGUCAAGGGGUAAUUAAAAUAGAUCGUCAUAAAGAAGAAAAAAAAAUAUCAACGGCUUAUCAAAUUCGGUUCAUGGGAUGUAAAGGAAUGAUUAUAUUGGAUGAAAAUUUGUCCGGUAAAGUGAUUGUCUUGCGAGAAAGUAUGCGAAAAGUUGAUUCGUUACCAGGAAAACUUGGAAUUGUUAAAAUAAGUGAGCCUCGACGUGCAUAUCUAAAUAAACCUUUAGUUACAAUAUUGAAUCAAAUUGGGCUAGAUAAUCACUUUUUCGUUAACCUCCUGUCCGAGGCAAUAGAUGAUUUAGUUGAAUCUUUUCGUUGCAACGACAAAGCAUCGAAAACUUUAUUCAUGUUUUCUGAUUUACAUCGAUUUGUUGACUAUCAACAAUUGGUUGAACAUGACUAUGAUCUUCUUGGUGAUCCAUUUUUCAGAGCAUCUCUUGAGCUUGUUUUCCAUCAAGGAUUGGAUGUUAUCAAGCAAAAAGCUCGGAUUCCAUUGGAUUUAGAUAUUGCUCGCACUUUAUUUGGAGUUGCAGAUCCAACUGCCACGUAUCAUUUACCAUAUGCUCUAAUACCUAAUCGCAAUUCAGGUUCAAAAACAAUCACAAUUUUUCAUAAAAAUGGCCAGAGCUCGUUUCCUUGCUCAAAGAAUUCAUUAUUUUUCGAUGAAGAACCAAAAAAAGCUCUAAAUGAUUCUACAACUAAAAGUGAAAGCUUACGUAAAGGAGUCCUCAAAUAUGGCGAAGUUUUCAUAUUCCCAAGUGACUUUGAUGAACCGCUUAAGGGUAAUGUUAUUGUUACUAAAUUUCCCUGUAUGCAUCCUGGUGAUGUUCGACGAUUAGAGGCAGUCGAUAAGGAGGAAUUGCAUGGCAUUAGGGAUUGUAUUGUUUUCCCUGUUGAUGGAGCUCGGCCUCAUUCCAAUGAAAUGGCGGGCUCUGAUCUUGAUGGUGAUGAAUAUUGUGUAAUAUGGGCUCAAGAAUUUAUGGACAUAAAUAUCCAUCCUCCUAUGGAAUUUCCUGAUGUAUCUCAUGAUAAAAACGAUCCUAUUAACAAUCAUGAGAUUGUCAUGUUUUACACACGGUAUUUACAAGAUUGUGCUGUUGGCAGAAUUGCUAGUGCUCAUCUUGUUUGGGCUGACAUGUUGCCGCAAGGUAUAUUCCAUGAUCGUAACAUUGAAUUGGCUAGGAAAUAUUCAAUAUCACUCGACUUUGCUAAAACUGGAGACACAAAGACUCUUUCUAAAGAAGAACGCUACCGAGAAUCACCAGAUUUCAGUCAAAACUGGAAUAUUAAACCGAGCUACCAUUCUGCUCGAGCCUUGGGUUCAGUUUACCGAACCAUCUCAAUGUUUGAAUUGUUUCUAGCUGAAGAAACUUCAAAAUUGAAAAUAAUUGAACCGGUAAUUGAUCCUAAACUUGAGCAUCCUGAUUGGAAAAAAUAUCUACACACCGCUAAUCGAGACCACGAAACUUAUGUUUCGAUUGUUUCACACAUUUUAGAUAUAAGCGAGUUUGGAGACGAAGUUGAACUUUUCACUCAGAUCAAUGAAAAAAGUGUUCUUUUCGGACCAAACAGUUCUAAAAUGCAUCGUUCUCAAAAUCACACAGACAGCACAAUUUUUUGUGUAUACAACUUACUUGUGAAACCCAUCACAGAAAAUUUUUACGAGGAGUUCAACUCUUUAAAAUGGCAUUAUAAGUCGAAAGAGGAACUUGCAGAUGCGAAAAUGGCUAAAGCUUCAGCUUAUUAUAUGAUAUCCAUGAAAAAAGUUCUAAGCUCCAAGAAAUCAUUUUGUGGUCUUCCUUGGAUUGGAAAAUAUUCUAUCCACCUAUUCGAGUUACUUGCUCAACCAGGAAAACCUAAAAAAAUUGAAAAUCGGCUUACUGUUACGCGCAAUAUGCCAACUGUUUCCGGCGGAUUUUCUGGUGAUAUUAAAGAAAGAAAAGCGGCUGCUGAUUCAUGUUGGAAAUUUUUGAGCAAAUGGCUUGCUCAAUAUCUCAUGCGGUCUAAAGCAGAAGCGAAUGAUUCUAAUAGAAUCAUUAAGGACAUGAAAGAUCUUUUCGUGAAGAUAAUUGAUUAUUAUAUCUCCGGGAAAAGAAAAACUGAAUCACCUGGCUGGGUGCUCUUACAAAUUUUCUCAGAAAUAAUUUCCAAACAGAAAUGUCUCGAUUUUAAACAGAAUCUAUUCGAUGCAUGUAAUGACCCUAUUGGAUUAAUGACUGUACUAAUUCUUGAGAGAAAAUAUUAUGAAGGAACUUGUAUUAGUAAGAUACCUGAUGGAUCGUUCAAUUGUAAUACCAACUCAACUUAUUUUGUCCUAUCAGGAAAAGAUGAUGACUCUGUGGAAAUUGGUCCAUUCAUUUCAUUGCUUAAAACUAUAUCUGGAUGCGUAUCGAUUGUGCACACACCAGCACUUCGAAACCAUGACAGUUAUAAAUUAUCAGUCUUUGGAUCUCGAGCAUCAAUUCUGAUCUGUCAAACAAUAAUUGGCCUUCACAAUCGCCUUAAAUCGUCCAAUCCUCAUUACAAAAGGAAAAAUGAAAAAAUAUAAUGAAUAUCAUUCCGGUUCCGUAAAAAUAUUUCUUCACCAGUUUUUAGUCACUUGCAAAGUACAGUUGAACUCAACAAAUUUGUCUCAAUUUUAUACAAGAAAAUUAUCGAUUGAUGGUAAAUCCUGACAAAUUAUUUUAUUGUAAAAGCUUUUUAUUCAUUAAUAAAAGCAUUGAUUGCGCUACAUCAACGUGAAUAUUAUUGAUUGA